AUGGUUGCAGCCAUGUGGGAGGUGGAGAUGGCUGCUGCAACACUCAGUGCGGCUCAGUGCGAUCAAGAAAGGAACCUUGCCAUCACGGCUUGCAAGCCGGUGGUAUACGCUGUCCAGAAAUUGUUCGAUGAAAAGCCUUUGACAGAUUUAACGGAGGAAGACGAGGAGAUAAUUAAAUCUGUUGUGGCGGGAACAAUUCCUUCGUAUUCGUUGGAAUCGGAAUUAGGUGAUUGCAAGAGAGCGGUUGCAAUUAGGCGUGAGUCGUUACAGAUAUUAAUGGGCAAGUCAUUGUCUGGAUUGCCCUUGAAGGGGUUCGAUUACAAGUCGAUUUUGGGUUUCCAUUGUGAGAUGCCGAUCGAGUACUUGCAGAUUUCCGAGGGAAUUGCUGGGCUGUUGUUGCUUAAUGGAGGAGAGUUCUCGGUUCCCAUGGCUACCACUGAAGGUUGCUUGGUUGCUAGCACUAACAGGGAAAGUUUGUUUUAA